GGCCGCGCUGCCAUUUGCAGCCUCCGCGGCUCGCAGCGCUCCCCGCCGCCCCUGCGCUCCCGCAGCCCCGCUGCGCCUGCAGCCGCCGCCCGCUCCCCCGCUGCCUUCUCUCCCUUCUCCGCUUUGGCCCCGCCGCCCCGCCGCGAUGAACCCCCCCGCCGCAGCCGGCGGGGAGGAGACGGGGGCGGCGGGCGGCUGCCGGGGGGCUGAGGGCGGCGGGGAGGCGGCGGGGGCUGCCGGGGUCCCCGAGGAACCGGGGCUGUCGGCGGCAGACGAGUCGCUGGAGGAGAAGCUGCGGAGCCUCACCUUCAGGAAGCAGGUGUCCUACAGGAAAGCAAUCUCCAGAUCAGGCCUCCAGCACUUGGCUCCUGUGCAUUCCCUCAACAUUGCAGUCUCCAAUGGACCUGUGAAGGAACCAAGGGCGGCCUUAGAGUGGACUGAAAACGCUGUGAAUGGAGAGCAUCUGUGGCUAGAGACGAAUGUUUCUGGGGACCUCUGCUACCUUGGUGAGGAAAGCUGUCAAGUCAAAUUCUCAAAAUCUGCGCUGCGGAGGAAGUGUGCUGCCUGCAAGAUUGUGGUCCACAACGCGUGCAUGGAGCAGUUGGAGAAGAUUAAUUUUCGCUGCAAACCAACUUUCCGAGAAGGAGGCUCCAGAUCUCCAAGAGAAAACUUUGUCAGACACCACUGGGUGCACAGGCGGAGGCAGGAGGGGAAAUGUAAGCAGUGUGGAAAGGGCUUUCAGCAGAAAUUCUCCUUCCAUAGUAAAGAGAUUGUGGCCAUCAGUUGUUCCUGGUGCAAGCUGGCGUUUCAUAACAAAGUCACCUGUUUCAUGCUUCAUCACAUUGAGGAGCCAUGUUCCUUGGGGGCUCACGCUGCUGUCAUUGUGCCUCCCACCUGGAUCAUUAAGGUGAAGAAACCUCAGGUGGUCUCCAUACCAGGAGACGAGCCUGAUUGGGCAGGAGACUGGAGCCCCGAAGGGGAAACGGGCGUCUCCUACCCCUAUUGGGAGGGUUGGCAGAACUCAUUAAAGACUUCAACACGGCGAAAGAAGAGAACAUCUUUUAAAAGAAAAGCCAGCAAGAGAGGCAAUGAGGAUAACAAAGGUCGGCCAUUUGUGAUAAAGCCUAUCUCCUCUCCACUCAUGAAGCCGCUGCUGGUUUUUGUCAAUCCAAAAAGUGGAGGGAAUCAGGGCACCAAGGUUCUCCAAAUGUUUAUGUGGUAUUUGAAUCCACGCCAGGUCUUUGAUCUCUCUCAGGAAGGGCCAAGAGAUGCGCUGGAGCUGUACAGAAAAGUGCCAAACCUGCGGAUUCUGGCCUGUGGUGGGGAUGGGACGGUGGGUUGGAUCCUCUCCAUUCUUGAUGAGCUGCAACUCAGCCCCCCGCCUCCUGUGGCUGUCCUUCCACUUGGCACUGGAAAUGACCUUGCCCGCACCCUCAACUGGGGCGGGGGCUACACAGAUGAGCCCGUGUCCAAGAUCCUGUGCCAUGUAGAAGAUGGGACCAUUGUCCAGCUGGACCGCUGGAAUCUCCAGGUUGAGCGCAACCCUGACUUGCCACAGGAUGAGCUGGAGGAUGGGGCACGUAAGCUUCCUCUCAAUGUCUUCAAUAAUUACUUUAGCCUUGGAUUUGAUGCACAUGUUACACUGGAGUUCCAUGAAUCUAGAGAAGCAAAUCCAGAGAAAUUCAACAGCCGAUUUAGAAAUAAAAUGUUUUAUGCGGGGGCAGCCUUUACAGACUUUCUGCAAAGAAGCUCAAGAGAUUUAUCCAAGCAUGUUAAAGUUGUGUGUGAUGGUACAGACCUGACUCCAAAGAUCCAGGAGCUGAAGUUCCAGUGUAUAGUGUUUUUAAACAUACCCAGAUAUUGUGCUGGCACAAUGCCCUGGGGAAACCCUGGAGAUCACAGAGACUUUGAACCUCAGCGCCAUGAUGAUGGCUACAUUGAAGUCAUUGGGUUCACCAUGGCCUCACUGGCUGCUCUUCAGGUGGGUGGUCAUGGAGAGAGGUUGCAUCAGUGCCGUGAAGUGACUCUUUUAACAUACAAGUCUAUUCCCAUGCAAGUGGAUGGCGAACCAUGUCGAUUGGCUCCCUCACUCAUUCGAAUCUCCUUAAGGAACCAAGCCAACAUGGUGCAGAAGAGCAAGAGGAGAACAUCUAUGCCUUUGCUGAAUGAUCCUCAUUCCAUCCCAGAUCGCCUGCGUAUCAGAGUGAACAGGAUUAAUUUACAAGAAUAUGAGGGGCUACAUUACGACAAGGAAAAACUCCGGGAAGCUUCCAUUCCCCUAGGAAUUAUAGUUGUACGAGGAGAUUGUGACCUGGAGACCUGUCGUAUGUACAUUGACCGUCUGCAAGAGGACCUACAGUCGGUAACUUCUACUACACAGAGAGUUCAUUACCAGGACCAAGAAAGCUCUUUUCCCAGAGUACUUUCUGUUCAGAGACUAUCUCCUAGAUGGUGCUUUCUAGAUGCAACUUCUGCUGAUCGUUUUUACCGCAUUGACAGAUCUCAGGAACAUUUGCACUUUGUGACGGAAAUUUCGCAGGACGAGAUUUUUAUUCUGGACCCAGAGGUGGUAAUGUCACAGCAGGUGGGGACUCCACCAGGAAUGCCUGAUCUGGUAGUGGAGCAGGCCUCCGGAAUAUCAGAUAGGUGGAACCCUGCAGCUCGAAAGAGGAUGCUGAGUGACAGUGGCCUUGGCAAGAUUUCCCCACACUACGAGGUACCUGACAAACAAAAGGACGCCAGCCAGACACAUAUGCUGCAGUCACCAGCCUCUUCAGAAGAUCAAGCGCUUUUACAGGCAGUCAUAGCUGGUGAUCUGCUGAAGUUCAUAGAAUGCUGUAAAAAGGGAGCCAAUUUGUUAAUCCAAGGACCUGAUCACUGCUCCUUGUUGCACCAUGCUGCCAAGACUGGGCAUGGUGAGAUUGUGAAAUACAUCCUGGAGCAUGGUCCAUCUGAAUUACUGGACAUGACAGAUAGUGAAACGGGUGAGACAGCAUUACAUAAGGCAGCCUGCCAGCGCCAUCGUGCCGUCUGCCAGCUCCUGGUGGAUGCAGGAGCCUCUCUGAGAAAGACAGACUCCAAGGGGAAGACUCCUCGUGACAGGGCUCAGCAAGCUGGUGACCCGGAUCUGGCCUCCUACCUGGAGAGUCGACAAAAUUACCAAAUGGUUUCCCACGAGGAUCUGGAGACAGCAGUCUGACGUCUGAAAGGUGUUGAAGAGGAUCCUUGGAAAUCACAAGGCUGUGCCUGAGGCACUUGGGCAUCAUGUGAGGAAGAAGCUGAUGGAAUCAACCGGUCUCUCACUCUCGUGGAAUAUACCUAAGGACAUGCCACCAGUUUCUAAGGGCUACUGAGUCUUGCCACGGAACAAUUAAGUUCCAUAAGUUAGCCCAUGAUGGAUGAGGUGGAACACUCAAAGGUCUGUGGAAUCCACGGGCCAUGGAAAUUUACCUUUAUUGCUUCCAGCAAGUAGCAUGAACUUCUCCCAUGUUCAUCUGUACGAUUUAUUUAAAAAAAAAAAAAAAAAAAAAAAAAAAAAGAGGAAAGAGAAAAGAGGGUGUGGAGGAACCAAACUAACUGGGACAUUAAAACACCCAACCAGGCUCUCCUCUGUCCCUACAGUUUCCUACAUUCCUUUUAUUCUCCCAUUCCCCUCACUUCUUUUGAGUUAAAUAGUACCUGUUAUCUCUGUGUUAAGUCUUCACAAAUGGUCAGGCAGUAGCAAAACAAUUUGAGGACCUCUGGAUGCCCUUAGAAAAAACCCAACAUUUUUACCAGCUGCAUUCCCUCCCUUGCCAUCCUCUUGGAAGCUAUGUCCUCAGUGCACAGUCACUGAGGAUUUUUCUCACUUUUGGAGAGGACACUGCCUAUUGUGUUGUGUCCCAGGCUAUAGGGGACAGUUAUAUUUACAGCAGUGACAGAACUUAACCUCCUCAUUGUUGCUGGGUAUACGGUUAUGGUUUCUUCAUGAUACAGUCAUUUGUAUGUCAUAAACCAUGUUGUGUGGCAGAGCUGAAAGUUACCAGUAAGAUUUCUCACACCACUGUUGAGUGUAUAACGACUGACCCAAUUCUGCUCAAGUUUUAGGCCUACCUAAAAAUUCUUAGCUAUUUUUUCACUUUUGAAAAGAUGGGGUUUACAUUGGGGAGAGUUCUGUGCAAGACAGAGGGAAUUCUGAUAGACUGACUUAUGGACUCAGUCCCCUUUGCGUUACAGCCAGAGAUAGGCAGGAGACCUAGAAGACCAGCAAGUCUGCCCAGGCUUACUGCUGUCAACAAAAGAAUGAACACUGCCGGUUGCAUGCGGAACAGGAAAAUCUUCUUUGACUGAACCUGUAAACUACCAGAUUCCCCAAGGGAACAACAUUUCAGAGAGGGUAUCCCAGUGGAGAAGGAAAGCAGCAGCUCUUUGCCUUGUUACCCACCAUGGGCUUGGAAACAUAAGGUUGUUUAGCUGCUGUAAAGGCCAGAUGUGUAUUCUGUACUCGUCUGUUCUCUGUCUUACCUCAAAGAUUGUAACUACAAAAGAAUUGAAAGCAAACACACAUACAUACAGGCACAGAGGAAAUGUUCACCUUUAGGUUUUCAGUUACUACAGACAAUUGAGGUGCCAGUAACAGCAGAGCUUUCACUUCCACUUUGUCUGACUAGUUCCCCUGAAAUGCUUAUGGACCACUUUUGGCAUAAUUCUUGCAAUAGAUUUUUAAAUCUUGCUUUGUUGUUUAUAUUGAAAGAUCCACCGGUGUUUGUUUUCAUGCGCCUUUCUAGGUGUAGGUCUCUGGUAGAUGCUAAUCAUUGGAAUUACACGCAAUUUGGAAACCAUGAAAAUAACUCAGGUCAUUAUUCAGAUAAGUUUUUCUUCCUUGGUAGAAGUUGUGGAAAAGAAAGGAAUGUGAUUUUUUUUUUCCAAAGUAAGAGUGAUAGUUGUGGCAGAGAGGGAGGAGCUGAAAAUUAUUUUUUUUUCUAUUUCCAAAAGUUCAUUUGAUAUGAGCAAAUAUUUCUUUAGUAUUUCUUCCUCUGGAAGGAUACUAUAUAUAUUUAUAAUCUAUAGAUACAUGAAAUGUAUUUUGUCUUAUUUUCUGUCUUCAAAUUUCUUGUUUAAAAAAUGAAAUAUGAAAGACAAAUUCCUUCCCUUAAUAAUCAUCAUGGGGCUUGUGGCGAAGGUCAGUAUGUGCAUAUAUUAGAACAGAAUUUGACAACUGCAAAAACAAAAAAUCGGAGUGUAAUUUUGGUGUAUGUGAAAUUCCCACAAGGAAGGUCCUCAUGUUGUGGUUUCAUGCCUUGCAUCAUUUCCCAUCUGUGAGGAAAGACAUUGCUGUAAUAUUUCUACAUCUCUGGUGAAAAAUAAGAAUUAUAUUAGUAUCAGUUUUAUCUUUUUGCAUUGUUUUACUGAAGUGAGAGAUAGAGAAAGCUUCAAUGACAGUAGGGCUGGGUUCUAUCCUGUGCUGAGAUCAGACUGGUGUCUGAGCAGAGGAUGGUCAGUGAGCCCAUUGUAGCUCUCUGGUCCUUUAGUCCCAUAAGGCAGGCGUAGCAGUAAGGGCUUGCUUAUUGCCAUAUGUGAAUUAUGGAAAGGAAGAUGGUUCUGGUCCCUCUUUGUCCUCUGUCUCAUCACCCAGUGGUCCUGCCCUUGGUGAGAUAUUCCUUGUGCCUAGAGGGUGGCCACAGCAGGGGCUGACUCUGGAGAAGCUUGGCAAGAGGCAGAUUUCCCGAUCCCCUUUGUGCCAUUCAGACUGCUCAAAGGAGCUUGGAGCACAUGGGAAAGUCUGGCUUGCCUUUUUUCCUCCGGCAGCUAGAGUAUGAUGCUAUGAUCAGAGUGAGCUUGUUGUGCCUCUGGAAAGGUGCCUGCACUGUGUACUCAGUAGGAUGCAGUUGCUGUAGGAUGAAAAUAACCCCCAGCACUGGAGAUAGGACAGGAGCUGGCUGUAUGUCGUGCCUUUAAUAUUCAAGAUGUCUCAAAGCACCGCACACGUUAGAUACUGUUGAUGUAUUGUAUUUGUAGAUAACAGAGCAUGUGUGGUUUUUUCUGUAAUGGCUCACACACAGAUAGGAAUAUCAGAAGUUGGUUCACCGAGGGAAGGAAUUUUGGGCCAGGAUGCUGCAGGAUUAUUUCUUAUACCUUUUCAGGUGCCAUGGGAUUCUCAAUUUUGGAUGACCACCAGAAGCAGGCAGACCAUGCAGCAGUUAAAGAUGACAUCUCUUGAGCACUUGAGGUCUAGCUUAGUACAGUAUCAUUAUAUCUGCACUGUGCAGGGCCCAAAUGUCAGCGUGCAGUAGGAACCCACUUAAAUUAUGUGUAAAAACAUUUUGGUUUACUAAAAGUGUCUAUUCUGUGACUAUGGCUAUUUAUGUGUGUAUGUUACUAUAUAUAUGUAUAUUUAUAAAUAUCAGUAUGCAUAUAUAUAAACACACACAUAUACGCACACACGCUUUUAGAACUGUGCCAUUUGAAUGACUAAGUACUAGGGAUGCUCAGCUACUGGGGUUGCUGGUCUGACGAAAUAUGGUUUUCCUUUUUAAUUUAUUAUUUGAAGGGGACCCUUUUCAAUAGAACUGAGGAGCUCCUGAUUUCUUCCAUUGUACUGGUUUUACUAUCUCAUUUUGAAGCUAAAUGGAGGGAAAGAAAAUAUUUAUAAUGUUGAAAAAAUAAACUUGAUUUUAUUAUUUAAUAGCAUCAGUUACUCUUAUUAUUUCAUGUUUCAAUGCUAGAGAUAUCUUUAUGUGUUAUUCAAGACAUAAUGAUGUCAUACAUUUCUCACUAAUUCUAGCAUCCCUUAGUAUUGUGAGCUGCGAGGCUGAAUGACUCAUGUAACACAGGAGUUCAUGGCAACUUUUGCCCAUUACAAAAUGGGCUUCAGACUCCAGUGGCUCUUUCACCAUUUCAUGUGAUGGCUUGUCUAUGUUUUAGUACUUUCAGAUGUCUGUAAAUGUUUUUACUGACACCGGUCACCCUUGCUUUUCCCAAGCAAAAAGUAAAAUUGCUUAUUCUCAACUCAUGGUGUCGUAGCCUGGAUUUGGACUACAUCAGAUGUCCCCUGCUGCAUGACGACUGUCAUACAGAAGCACCAUAGACAUAAAGAAAAUAGAAUAAAAUUGAUGUUUUGUUGCCAUUGAUCUUCCCACUUAUAUUUGCAGGCUGUUGUUAUUAUGGAUUAAUAGAGAGGGCACAUGUUUUUUUCUGGUGGUCUGACUGUGGGAGGUUUGUUUGAGUAGUAUUUGAUGUCCUCUUAUGUUCAUUUUUGUCUGUCUUUGCUGUGACAAUGACACGCAUGGCAGUGAAAGUCACUAGCACAUGACCUCACCUAAAAAAUGGCUAUUUUCUUUUCAGCCAUCCCACAUGCCUCCUGCAGAGCAUGCUUAUAUGUUGACCCUUCCUGCAUAUCAAAAGCAUGUUGAGAUGAUCUGACUUUGGGCAAAAGUGAUGAAAUGGGCAAGGUACAUAGAUAGCCUUAAGCUUACAGGGGGGUUAAUGUUACUCAAGAAAUGUAUGGAUAUACCGGGAAUUUGGAUGCCUUGAAAACACUCCAAGGACAAUUCUGUCCUUGCACUCCAUGUACUCCAAGAAAGAAACAGUUCCUCAUACUUAUCCAUUUGAAUUCUGUCAUUUUUUUUCCCCCAGUUCUUGCUUCUUUUGCACCAGACUAGCAUCUGUGGAGAAGUAUUUCAUAAUAAUGGUGUUUAAGCUUGUUGAAAGUAAUAUUUCUGUCUCCAUUAUUCCUGUUCUUUUCCAUUCAUCAGACAUUAUUUCCCCACUUUUAUUUUCCUCACUGAAUCUGAGCCAAAGCAACAUUGGAUUAUCAGCUUCCUAGUUUAUCUAAAGCAUCAAGUGUGAUUAUCCGCAGUCAUUUCAGCAGUCCGGGAAACAGGUUAUCAUACAAAAUCUGACCCAAAAACCCCAAAACUGUGCUUGUGACUCUUUUUAUUUAAUAAAUUAAGAAAAUCAGCUAUGAUCACCUUCACAAUAGUUCCCUUCUGAGUUGACCUACAGCUGUGUAUGAUACUUCUGGUGUUCAAUUCCACAGAUCAUUUUCUGAAAGGCUGAUGGAUUCAGGUUGGGGAUCUCUGUCAUUUUUGCUUUCACAUCUUCUACCAGCAAAAAAUGGAUUCUUGAGCACUGACUUGAUCUUUGGGAAGAGGAAGAAAUCGCAGGGAAACGGGUCUGGCAAACGGGAUGGAUGCUAAAGAACAGUAAUGUUGUUAUUAGCUAAAAACUCCUUCACAGAUAAACAGUAGUUAACUUGCUGUUCAGUCUUCCACAACGACUUUUUCCAACUAGGUAUGUCUCUAUUUGAGCAUGCGUCAACCCAUACUGAGUGAAGCAAUUGUGCUGAGCCUUGGCUGCCUACAACAGGUUAGAGUAUGUUCCAUAACUUUCUGUGUUUCCCCUCCUACUCUUGGUUCCCGAGCUCCCAGGUUAGACUCAAUUUUUUUUUUGUGCUGGACCUCAUAUACUUGUGCCUUUCUGGAUACCUGUGAAGAUACAGAACACAGUAUUACAGGGUUCACUGUGUACUUGUAUUUUCAUUUUGCUUUCUUAACUACAAUGUAGGCAACUAUUUUUCUUAGGAACAGACAGCUACAGCUUUAGAAUCCCAUGAGCUGCCUGCCAAAGUCUGUUGAUUGCAAUGGCAACUCAGUAAUGUGCUAAAAAUGACUUGCUAGUGUAUUUAUGAAGGCCAGAAUUUUGUGUGGAGGAUGUGUCUUGAGCUUCCCUGCUUUGGAAGGGUAGGAUGCAUAUUAUGGCUGCACUAUGGAAAUGCCUCAAGAGGUGGUAUAUCCCAGCCCUACAUUUACCUUUUGUGGCAAACAGGAUGUCUUAGCCUUUGCUGAGGGUUUUCCAGCGCAGAUGAACUGCAUCAGCUCAGCGCUGGGUUUGGGCGGGUCAAAAGUAGGCCAAAUACUUGGGCAGUUUCUCACUUCUAAUUAUUUUUAAAAGUUGGCUUGGGAAGGAUUGACUACUCGGCAGUCAAAACAGUGCCCACAGCUAAGCAUAGUCCAAGUUGUGCCAUGGCACCAAGCUUCUCUGGACUGCCUACCUGAGACCUUCUGUAGGCACCAGAGCUCAGAGUCCUCCCUGUCCUUCCCCAGCAUCUUUCCAGCACCACUGGUCACAGUGGUGCCAACAGAGAGUGGCAUUCUCUCAUUCCCUGUACACGUGCAUUGGAACAAUGGCCCCUGCAUUGGCCAAGGGAUUUCCUGGCCACAUAUGGUGUCAUGCUUGCAAAAGGGGAAAAUUCCUUCCCUCAGGCCUUGAUCACACUAGUAAAUUCAUUAAAUUUGACUUCAGUGAUUAGGAAAGCUUAGAGCUGAAUAACCUUACUGUAUUCAGCCAUCAGAGUACAUCUUGUCUCCUGCCUUAUUUAUAAGGUGCCACAUUCCAGUCUCAGCUGCAGUUUCUUGUUUCUCAGACUGCUUUUUUUUUUUUAAAAAGAAAAAGACAAUUUAUCCUAAGCAGUGCACAUGUAUCUAGUUACCAAGAGAGUGAGAAAGACAGACAGCUCAUUUUAAAAACUCCUUGUUCUGAUGUAGCACAUGAUGACUUCCAGAGUCUUAAGGAUGCCUUGCAAAAAAAAGCAAUUGUUUCAACAUAAGCACAUCUAUAAUUCAGGAAAUAAUUUUAUGCUUAGCCUCUUUAAAGCAGUCAGCUUAUGCUCCUGGAUCCCCCUACGUGGCGGAGAUUUUGUGAAUCUAAGGAGGCAGUGAUUCUCUUGACACAUACAGACAAGAUGCUGACUGAGAAAACUGAAGACAUACUCUCUUCAGAAAAUUGUUUGUAUUGUUUUGCUGUUAUCCAUUAGAAACAGACCUCUGAUUUGGGAAUGCUAUUCUGUGUUCUCUGAUAUUUUAACAGCUCCAGUGUUCAUAUACGAAGUAUAUAGAAGCCGUAGCAUUUUGAAAUGGGAGAAAUUAGCACUGCGUCUUUUAGCAAUACAGGACCACAUAUGUAAUUGCUUCACCUAGAGCCAGCCUCCUUUUGCUGGUGAAGUGUAGCACCUGGCUCUUCAAUUAGUCCCUGUCUAGGAGGCUGCUUGAUGUGUAACCUACCACUCAGUGAAGUGUGUGCGGUGGCAAUCCAGUGCUCUGUUAUGACAAGUGCUGAAGCAAGUAUUUACUAAUGCAUGAACCACAAUCGCAGUUCAUCUCUUGAUGUUGCACUUUAUUUCAAUGAGAAAAAUGGCCUUCUGGUUCCAACUGACUUAACGACCUUAAGUUACUACUUUUUCCUCAACCUGUGGCCAAGCAGAGGGAGAAGGCAGUCCCAGUUCCCACACAUAUUCAGGAAUCCAGGUCCUGCCCAGGAACUUAAGGAACGAGUUAGUUUUGUAGAUAUAGAGAAGAAGCUCAAGAAGCUCUUGAGCUUGAUGCAGCAGACAUGAGUGAUUUCUACCUGAUUUAAUUAGGCUGUAAUACAUAGUGCCACUCUCCUAGGACUAUUUCCUAUAUGACAUUCACACACAAAAAAAUGAAAGAAGGCAAAAUUGGAAAAGCAAAGCUAAGCUGCCCCUGAGAAUGGGGACCCUACAGAAUGGUAUCCAUAGGCAUUGCUAUUUUCUGGGUAGGGAUUUGCAAUGCUAGCUAUUGAAUAUCGCUGUAAUAAGUUAUUAUCUAUCAUAAUUAGAUGUAUGCACUUUUAAUAAAGUGAAGUGGGUGCAUUUCUUGUCCAAACUCACUGCUCCCAAUAUUUAUGCCGUCCAUCUGCAGGGGGCAUCCUACUCCUGCUCCUGUGGGGACCACCACACAGGUUGGUGGGACAUAUCCUUCUAUUUGCAAAUCAUUAGGCUUCAUGGAGUGUGACAAGAGCCCUAAGUCACACAAUGACACCUCUCCCUACUCCUCAGCCGUACUGGUGGUUUUCAUUCCAAAUGAAUCGAAGCAAUGCCACAUCAAAACAAAUGCUUGCUAUAGGCAACAAAGUGAAUAGUUGUCUUGCCUGUACCCCAUUUCAGCCCUUUCCUCUGGACUAGAUCUUCUUCUUGAUCAGAAUGGCAAAACUGUUCUUGAUGUGCUUGUUUUAAUAGGAAAUGGUGGCAGUUGUGGGUUGUUUUCUCCUGUGGCCUUGCCACUAUUUGUAAUAGUGUCCUUAUCUCCACAGCAUGUGGGAGUAGUAUGUUCAUGUCAAAGCUAAGGGAAAAGUGAACUCGCUGGCAGCUAAUGGCAGGAAGGAAAUGGAACAUAAUUUUAUUAAAAAUUUUAUUUUAAAUAAUCUUCAAUGUUCUUUCCUUUUCCUUCCCCCCCCCCUUUUUUUUCUCUGUCCUUUUCAGACCUUCCUUACUAAAGCCUUUAUUCUUUGAUCACCUCUUCUUUCCUUAACUCAUGCUACCUUCAUUUUUGAUGGGAAUGGUCAAAAUCCUACUCACGUGCUUGCCUCUGGAACCCUUCUGCUUGAUCGGUCAGAUAGCUGGUUUUCCUCUGACCAUGCCCAAACAUGGGUAAAGAAUGUUGAAAUUCUGCUGUACUAGGGACAACUUGGUACGCUGGUUGAUUUCUACCUUUUCAGACUUAGUUUUAAUAUCAAUAGGAAAAAAAAAAUUCUUUGGUCUAGUCUUAUGUUUAUUUUCUUUAUGCUUUUUCUUUUAAAUAAUCUUUACCUGGGCAAAUAUGAUUGUGCUUCUCCAUGAUGUGCUUGUAAGAACUGUCAGCUUCUUCUAACUGGUGAGCGAGUGUGCCGGUCUCUUGUGCAAAAUGUCUGGCCCCUCUACGGUAUGGUUUUCUGCUCAGCAUGCAUCUCAGAAAAAUCACACAGACAUAGCAGAAGCUUAUCAGGCUUUUUGUUCUGUUUAUGUGUCACUCCAGAGUGAUUCUCCUCCAUCUGCCUCCUUUGAUCAUGCAACAGCUUUGGGAGAAAAGAAAAUAAGUGGCUGAGCCUUCAAAGCACUAAGCAGCUCUUGGGAGCUUUGUCUCUCUCUAGCUUACUGCUGCACAUCACAGAUCCGGGAAAAGGGAAAGGUGGGGGAUGUGUCAUGAACAGAAAGACCCCAACCAUUGCUUUGCUGGUAGAAGUAACGUUUCAUUGGUGGCUUAUUCCAGACAUUGCAUCACAUGUCAGGUGAAGUGUAAAACAUACACAGACAUCGGUAAUUUUAUAGGAGCUGCCCUCCUUUCUUAUGGGCUCUUCCAAGCUCUUUUUGUUUCUCUUCCUGGUGCUGGGGCAGGGGACAGCCCCAAGACGGAGAUUCCUCACCGUUUCCUCCCAGAGCAGCCAUGGGACUACCCUUUGUAAUUGGUGCCAUCUAGCUACCCUCACACUAUAGGUUGCAUGUGCUCUGUGUCCUGUAACUCUAUUGGAAAAUGAAAUAAUCAAGGGUUAAAAUCCUUUUCCAAGUGAACUUGGGAGCUGCCAGCCUUGGCUGCUGGCCUGUCCAGUGCACUGGGGAGAGGAACAUGGAAUAUGACUGCCAGCGUUUGUCUGUAGAAAUCUCCACAAGGUGAAACAUGCUUUCACAGUGUGAAAAGGUUAUUUUUCUUCUACCCAUAUUAUUUUGUGCUGUAAACCCCAUGCCAGUCAUUUGGAUGCAGCUGGCUUUUUGAGAGCAGGAGGCUUUUGAAAGAUUUUAGAAAGUCUAGAAAACUAUAUAGCUGAAGACUUGUGUUCUGCAUCUCCCAUGCAAACAUUCUGACAGUCCGUGGAGGUUUUGGUGUCCUCUCUGAGUCAGUGAGCAGAACAUUUUGCUACAAACCAGAGGCUUGCUUUUGUGCCACUGUUACAGGUACUUUGCUUCUGCACGGCUUUAAGAACAACUACGGCUUUGCAGCCUUGCACUGUAAAAAUCCAGGAUGCAUUGUGAGGGAACAUGAUUCUCCUAUGGACACAAAUACUCAUCAAGCUUUAAUUGUGUGCUAAUGAAAAUACAACGUACAAAAGCACGGAAUCUGGUUUGUGAGACAGUCGCUGCUAGCUCAGUGGAGAUUUAUUCUGAGUAAGAACUGACCUGUUGUUUUAUUGCAAAACAUAAAGGUUAUGCAAAAAAAAAAUCACUUUGUUUAAUGAUAUGCUUCUGUCUUAUGACAGUUUACAAGUCUAACUGUGCAUUACAUGAUUGUGUCACAGAAUAGGGAAAGUACUUACUGUGUUUUAUAAUUCAUCAGCAUGUCUCUCUGGAUUUACUGUGCUCAAAUGGAUAGAGCAGAAGGUAACAACAAGUCAGGGGGUUGAGGUUUUACUCCUGCCACCGCCAUGAGUCAGUUUGGGUAAGUCAUUUAACCUUCCUGUUUCUCAGUAUCCUUAUCUGUAAAACGGGGACAAUAUUGUCUCCCUAUAUACAUACAGGUAACAUGCUUUGUGUUUUGAGGCCAGAAACUGCUGUAUAUUAGUUAUUUAUGAGUUUCUUGUCGUGCCUUGUAAUGUUGCUUUGAUAUAGUAUCCUGCUUCUUUUGGAAACAGUUUUUGAAGGACAGUGGGAGUAGCCAUCUCCAGUGUUUUUUAUUUUAGCUGGCUUAAACUGAGAUAGUAAAGAGUGCUGGAUGGUAAGUUUCUAAUGAGCGAGUUUGCACUUAGCAUGCUUCUUUUCCAUUUUUGUGCUAUCUUGUAUUAAAAUUUUAACUCAGGUGAUGUAUCCAGUCAAUGAAAGCAUUCAGGUGGUUGCCAUCCCUCCAGAGAAUAAUAUUUUUCUGAAUUUUAUAGCAGUUGUAUUCCAUCAUAUUGAGUUCAUGGUGUACAGAGUGUUUCAUUUGGGAGAGUCCAUCUCAGAAAUACCUCUUCCUGUCACCCCUGUUCUAUCAUUGGGGUAUCUUUCACAACAUCCCACCUCUUGAAUUUGUUGAUGCAAAAGGUUUCUGGGGAAUGAAGCCAAACAUCUGAGGGAGAAGACUCUCCGGCCUUCACAAUAGCACCUCCUCUGGCCACUUGGCAAAUGAGAGAUGAAAACUGAUAAUGAACGAGGACAACAGUUACUGAAGAGUUAGGGAACUGGAGGUGUCUCCUGCAAAAAGGAAUGAUGUUAAGAAUAAGUUGUCACAUGGGUUGGUGAUAAAUGGGCUUAUGAAGGAAAGGCUGAGUUUCCAUUGGGCUGUAUAGCGGGUAUUCACUUGCUGCUUCCUGGAGAUGAUGGGGAAAAUGAUAAAGGACAGAUCCUGAUCUCCUCUGCACUGAGUUUACUCCAGGUGAACAAAGGUGUGACAGAGGUCAGAAUCUGGACCAAUCCAUAAUAUCUUUAGUCCCCUUAGUAGAACGGUAAAGUCAAAUAACAAAUGCACGUAUUCAGACAACAUUUUAUGGGCAUCCAGAGUUCCAGUAUUUGUACAUAUCCUAUUAUCUGAACUCACAUCUGUUCCAGGACUUGUAAUAACAUCACAAAGGGCUCUUUUAUGCUGCCUGACCCUGUGCAUAAUGCCCGGAGCUGUGCAUCAUGAGUCUGCCAGCUAGCAAAAGGAAUCCGAGGCAUGCAGCAGCACCCAUGAAAUGAAGCUAUAUGUUUAACAGAGAAUCAGGGUCCAGGUAAUCAGCAGUGAGGGGAGACAGGGGAAUGGGGAGGGUUUUUUCUUUUGUAACAAAGUGAGAAAGUAUUUUCUUCCCCGAUUUUCUUGCAUUUCUUAUUUAUACAAAGUAUCUUGAUCACUGUGUUGCUAAACAAGGAUAUUUUAAACUGGGGGAAGGAGGAAAUCUGUAUACAGUGAAAGAGCUGGUUACUGUUCCUUCUGGACACUUUUUCUGUAUUGUGACUUGUGUGGAAAUGUACAGAAUAAAAGUGAA